GUUGUCUUAUGGCGUGGCCCGUGGUGUGUUGUGCCCGCGGCAACGGCGCCGCCGGAGCGAUUCUGGCAAGGAAGCUGCAUGCCGUUGGGAAUCGGUUUGAUUGCGCGUCGGCCGGUUCCCAACUUUCGGGCGGCGGCAGCGUGCUCCUCGCGCCUUUCCAGAUUCGCUCAAGAUUAGGGGGGGGCGCGGCAGGCGACGCCCGCCGGGAGCUAGAGCGGCCGGGAUUCGCGAGGACGGGUAACCCGCUACAGGGCGCGGGGCCCCUUAGGAAGAUCGUACAGCUAUGAGAUCCGCGAAGGCAACUACGCUACUCCGAUGGGAAACGCCGGCACCGUCCGCGACGGGCUGCUUGAUGACUCGGAGCGUUUUUCGUUCUGAUGGGUGACGUCGCAUGUCAGCCGCCUCACGCUCGACAGAAGGGGCGGCCGCCGGCAGAACGGCCGCCAAGCGAGCCACGCCGAGGCGCUCGCCUUAAUUGCCGACGCCAUGCAUGGCCGCGCGGAGGUGGUCGGGCAGCUCCGCAUCCGGGACGGAGUCGGCGACGCCGCAGAGUAUCAAAGAGGGACGGAGCGGAGCCGCCCGGAUUCCUUCUGUGAGCGCAAGUCCCUUGCCGGGGGCGGGGCCAGCCGUCGGCCCACGCAUUGCCA